UACUCAUAAUUCACAUCCCAGUUGCAUUCUUUGAACCUAUUCUUCACUAUUUUUCACAAAUACUUCUCAUCUAUGGCCAGAGGAAAGAAGACGAAGGCUUCCAAGAAGAAGGCCACUGCCGAACCCUCCAGCUCCGCGCCUCCUCCGUUCCCAUAUUUGGACGGAUCUUUCUUGGAGUUCGGAUCAGAGGAAGAACUCACGCACUUCCUCACGCACUUUGCCAAACGCCGUAUCUGUCCGCCCCGGGUUCUGCCCGAGUUGUUCCCUCAGCAAAAAGGGUACCACAACCUCGAAAAUCAACUCAAAGAGUCAGGUCUGUGGCCCUUCUUCUCCAAGAGCCGCACCUCCUUCAAUCCCGCCUAUGUCCGGGCCUUCUACUCAAAUCUCCGCCGGGACGGGGACACCAUCCGCAGUAGCAUCAAUCUCUACGACUUGGAGAUUGAUUUGGCUACCUUUGCUCGGGUCGCAGAGCUGCCCACCCGCGGUGACGACAUCGCGUCGUAUGGUGGCGACGAUUGGAUCCUCAACAAUGAGGCCAUCGUCAUCCGUGAGCUCGGGAUCACCAACUUGAUCCGUCACAGCGGCGCACCGAAAAUCCACUCGGCUCCACCGGAGAAGCGCCUCCUCCUCUACAUCCUCACCCGGAUCCUCCGCCCCCGGGAUGGCAGCCUCACCUCGCUCUUCAAUGACGACUUGAGGGCAAUUCAUGCGAUCAUGCACGACGCCUCCAUCAAUUGGGCGAAAUACGUCAUGAUUCACAUGACGGAUUGCGCCUCCACUCUCCACGAGCGGAGCUUGCCAUACGCUUUCCUCGUCAUGGACCUCAUCGUCUCCGCCGACAUCCACAUCGUCGGGCCAAGCACAAAGAUGACAAAGCUUUGGAUCAUUGCAGAAAAUACCUUCAAGAAGAAGUCCCGAACUCGAGAUGGCGCCGGACCAAGUCGUGCCCAUGCCUCUGCCCCGGCCCCCGCUCCCGCUCGGGGCUCGCUGCAGUCUAUAGCCGACACCCUGAACCGGCUAACCCUCACAGUGGAUGGCAUGAGGCAGUACAUGGAAAGGAUGGACUAGACGCUGCAACGCCAACACCACGACAUGAGGGCGUUCUUCCGCGGCAUCAACUACAUCCCGCCACCCUUUGACAGCACCUUCCCCAGCCAAAACUAUGAAGGCGAGGACGAGGACGACGACUCCUAUGCUCCAUCCUC